GCGAGUGUGAGAGGAGUAGUGCAGGCAUAACGUGUAGCACGUAGUAAAGUGUAUCUCUUCCGCAAAAUGUUUUCGGAAAUGUAUUUCAUUCUGAUACCGUUUUUCCUCGCUGUCAACGUGCUCGUCUUCGAGGCUGAUAUGAAAGACUGGAAGUUCGGACCGGAAUACACGUACAAACUCACGAUGAAUUACGCAAUAAAAACGGACACCCACGAUCUCGUCACCGACAUGCGACUAACUUCCACGGUGAAAUGUCGUCCCAAAGACUUGGACAUUCUUUUCUGCCAUUUGCAGAAUUCAACGACUAUGGUGUCCCAUCUCUCGGAUCGUAACAUGACGCGAGAGAUCGAGACAGAGAAAACGUUCGCGAUCAAAUUUAACGAGCGCGGCGUGGAAAGUCUGCUGAUGGAGACGCCGUUUCCCAUCCAGGUCGUCACUAUCGUCAGAAAGAUCGCCAAUCAGCUGAGCGUGGGUGUCGAUCUCAAUGAGCGCAAGAUCAGCAUGUCACAGUUCGUAGCCCGUGAGAACACUUCGAUGGGCGAUUGCGCCACGCGGUACAGAAUCGAGCGUAAAGAGUCCCAAUCGAACGACGAGGAGAAGGACACCGAAUGGAUUGCCAACAGCGGCUACUGGACCCAAGUGUUAUCAAUGACAGACGCGAGACCCAGCGAUACCGUGUUCAUCGAAAAAUCCCGAAUGGGAUGCGUCAAUACGCCGCGAUACCUCGAUUACGCGACGGGAAUCUUGAAAAUGGGAAGAUUCUUCAGCAAGAUACAAAUCGGCGACCGAUUCAAAACAUUCUCCGAGAUAGACGGAAAAUUGAGACCAGCAAAUGACGCAUCCAAGAUAUUUUUGUCCGAGGAACGAAUUCAUCUCAAUUUGGAAAGCAUCGAACCCGCGUUUGACGAACUCCCGUCUGUGUUUCAAGGCGAAUUAAUUGAUCUGAACAUCAACAAUGACGUACCGAACAAUUUCGUCGAUUGAAGCGAUACAUAUGAAAGUUUGUGUUUUAUCUUCGCGACGAAUACACAAACAUCUCGUAAACAAACUGUAGAACUCGCUUAGGUAUCAGAUACCUAAUCAAAUAGAGUAAAAGCAACAAUUAAUAAACAAAGCAUUUCGUAAAA